UCUCUCUCUCUCUCUCCACAAGAAAGAAAAGAAAAGCUAUCCUGUUUCUUUCCAAUCAAAAGUUCCCACAUAGCAACCUAUCUCACCACUUCUAGCGCUUGGAGAACCGAGAAUCCCAUUUGCCUUUUCUCCUCCUCCUCUUUCCUAUCUCUAAUCCAAAUGCCCAUUCCUCAUUGACCCCAAUAACGUCUCCUCCGCCGACCUUUGAACACGAAUUCCCAGAAGAUAACCAUUUUAAUGAUUCCGCUCCCGAUAAUCUGAAGCCGUUUCGUUUCGGAGUCGAAUUAUUUAAAUGGCCGCCUCCGAAACCGAGACCAGCAGGAACUCAAUGUCAUGCUCAUCGUCGUCCAAUUCCUCGCCGUCGCCGUCUCCGAAGAAGAACGGGUUAACGGGCGGCGGCGGGGAGAAGCGGGCGAGGGACGGGACCAAGCACCCGGUGUACCGCGGCGUGCGGAUGCGGGCUUGGGGUAAGUGGGUGUCGGAGAUCCGGGAGCCCCGCAAGAAGUCGCGCAUCUGGCUCGGGACCUUCCCGACGCCGGAGAUGGCGGCGCGGGCCCACGACGUGGCGGCCCUCAGCGUGAAGGGCGCCGCCGCCGUCCUCAACUUCCCCGACCUCGCCGCCUCUUUCCCCCGGCCCGCCACCCUCUCCCCGCGAGACGUCCAGGCCGCCGCCGCCCGCGCCGCCACCAUGGACCUCCCCUCCGCCACCACCGCCGCCCGGCCCGACGAGUCCUCCGACGAGCUGGGGGAGAUUGUGGAGCUGCCACGACUCGGGGAAGGGUUCUUCCACUCGGCCGAGUCGGGUGGCGGCGAGUUCGUGCUCCAUGACUCGCCGGACCUGUGGGUGUACUCUCCGCCGUGGAUGGAGGGCGCCGACGAGAACGGGUUCUUCUCCGACAGCGCGUGGGCAGCGGGGGGGCCAUCGGAGGGGGCCCUUCCGACCGGCCUCGGAGCUCUCUUGAGGGACUGCUAAGAUCCCAAAAUCCUUUUCUUUUCUUCUUCUCUAUCCCCCAUUUGCUUAAUUUCCAUAUAACUAUGUGUGUCUGUUUACGAGACCGUCGGCCAUUGUGACUGAAUUAACUGUAGAUUGUUAUUUUUAGAAGCAAUGGGGGACAUUAAGAGAAGAAAAGAAAUGGGAUGCUCUCUGUCUUUCUUUGUUGGGGUGAAGACAGUGAGAAAACUACUAGGCUUUGGGUACUUGGUGUUUCCUCAGCAGCAGCGACAUCUACUCUCCUGAGGUGUCUACGGAAAUUGGCUUGGUUUCUGGGAUCACUUAUCAGAUGUCUCUGCAAGGAAGUACUCAUCUAUUUGGACUGAUCUUGGUCACUCCAUUUGAAUUGUUUUUUUUUUUUUACCCUUUUCCUGUGAAUAAUUGACCAUCGUCCUCUCCCUCAGGUUCUUCCUUUUUAUGGCAAUCAACUCAUCUCUGCUCUCAUAUUGCCCGUCACAGUGUUUUCUCCUUUCUCACUCUCACACACACAUGAUAUGAUUGCUGUCCUUGGGUUUGUCGAUGAAAGGUCUUUUCUCCUGCUAUGGAAAAUUUAAGGAUAUUGAUGAUGAGAUUGUGGAAUGCUUAAUACUUUUUUGCAAA